GCAUCCAAUCGGUUGGAUUCUUCUGGUGAACUCUUCCUCAAGAUGUGUGCCACCUUCAACCUUGAGAGUCCGACCAUUCUAGCGGCACAGGAGCAUUACGCUUCCGUCAUGCAGGCUCUUAGUGAUUACACACCUGCGCCUGAACAAAUUGAGAAUGGUAUCAAUGGUUCAGAAAAGGAAGUUAAUGGCGCGACCCAAGGUGGUUGUUGUUGUGAGGAAAUUGUUCAACCUGCUGGAAAGAGUGCGUGUAGCGAUGGCCCGUCUACAUAUCGGACUAUGUCAACAUGCUGUCAAGAAGUCGUAAAGCUUCGGUCGAAAAAGAGAGAUUCGGCUUUCAUAGAGGUCGGAGAACUUGUACAGAGGCUGAGUAAGGUUUGUAUGUCCCAGUUUAUGGCCAACAUUCGAAAGAGAGUGCGCGAAACAGUGCCCAAUCUUGUCGGUGUGCAGCAACCAGCCCCACAAAAGUGGAAGCUAGGUCGAAUUCUCGGUUCUGGGGCAUUUGGAGAGUGUAGAUUGGCUAUUUGUCAAGACACAGGAAUGUUGUUUGCUGUGAAAUCUGUAGCGCUCAAAGGUUCACACAAAGAGAUCUCGAGUACAUUGACGUCCCUUCAAAGAGAGAUUGGGGUUUUGCGUGGAAUGGCUCAUCCUCAUGUGGUGGAAGUUUAUGGAGUCUCGAUAAAUAUUUCUAUGGAAUUCAUGGAAGGUGGAUCGCUGGCCAAGUUGGUGGAAGAGUUUGGACCCCUCUCAGAAGGCUUGGCUGCAUUCUAUGCUAAGCAAAUUAUUAUUGGCCUUGAAUACUUGCACGUUCAUGGCAUCAUCCAUGGCGACAUAAAGCCAGCAAACUGCCUCUUAGACAAGAACGGGGUCUUGAAAUUGUCCGACUUCGGAUGUGCGCAGAUUGUGGGAUGUGACAGGGUUGGAGGACUGAAGAAUCUAGAGGGCACACCCAGUUACAUGGCACCUGAAGUCAUUCGGAAGAAGGCAUACAGUCCGAAGGCAGAUAUUUGGGCCCUGGGGUUGACGGUGUUGGAAAUCAUGACGGGGGUUGCGAGUUAUGACGCAUCCAACCCAUUCACCGUCAUGUUCCUCGUCGGUCGUGGCGUUGAGCCGAAGGUUCCUGAUACGCUUGGUAAGGAGGCCCAAAAUUUUGUUUCGGAUUGCUGCCGUGCUUCAGCUAUACUUCGACCAACAGCAUCGCAACUCUUGUCAAACCCAUUCAUUCUGCAUGCAAACCAGGAUGCCGCUGAGAAGUAUCGCAAUACGGAAAAAAUCCUGAAUGUUGCCAUGCUUCGUCUCAUGGCGUCGAUCUGUGGAAGUGAACCUGCCAGUCAUAACAGGGCAAUUUUACCUCCUCCGCGAAAUGUGGAACUGAUAACUGCAGUCGAAGACGUUGAAAUCGAAAACAGUGAUCUUCCGAUGAGUGUUACCACCAGAGUGGCAUUGAGCUCUCUGCUUAACCAGGGUCAGGUUGUUCAGUUAGAAUCAGACUCUCCGAAAGGUCAAGAUCAAACAACAUGA